AUGGUGAAUGAGUGGAGAUACCUGAAGCAAGCCUCAGAAGAGCCAGAAUUUAAGUCCAGCUUUGCCAGUAGCCUGAAGAACAAGAGGAAUUUUAUGUUCAGCCUCUCAGGCAGCCACCACUGGGAGUUCCAGCUCUGUGCCCUCUUGGCCGUGAACCGACUCUAUCUUUCUGCAUUACUCUUCUUCCUGGCAAUCUUACUGCCUUCUGGAAAAGGUAUGCUUGGGAAUGAUGGAGUCAAAGUUCGCACCUACACUAGCCAGAAAGCCAUAUGUUUCUUCGGAUGUCCGCCAAGAUAGAGGUGGAUUGCGUUCUGCCACAAUAUUCUGUCUUGCUGUAAAAAUAUGACACAUUUUCAACCCCCGCAAGCCAAAGAUCCAUGGUUUCAUUAA